ACAGGAAGAGAGCAUUCGCAUGCUUUAUGCGUGAAAAUAUUUCAGGCUUCAAUAUUUCCAUCCGAAGCAAUCAAACCAUUUUUUUCGAGAACACUACAUAUCAAAACCAGUGAACUGCAAUUCUCGGAUGUUAUGAUGGACAUUGCAAAGAAAUACGAUAACGCCGUAUCCAUUGGCUCAUAUCCAGUCACCAACAAUGCGUAUUAUAAGACGAAAUUAGUGGUUGAAAGCGAAUUAGCCGAUGUCGGUGAGAAAGUUGUGGAAGACUUGAAAGCCACAUUAAAAGAUCAAGUAAUUUAUUUCGAUGAAUUUCCAUGGGUCGAUACGGUACAAAAGUUCAAUGAUUUUCGAGAACGAAUAUUGAAAAGCGACCCAAAAAAAAUUUUCAGUCUCGAGGAAAUGGCGGUGUCGUUUAAUGGCGGUAAAGAUUGUACACUCGUCUUGCAUCUGUUACGCAUUGCUAUUGACAGAUAUAAUAUAGUGGUGCUGGAAAUGUCAGGCCCACUGAAAGCAGGCCUUCAGCAGCUCAAAGAAAUGAGGCCCAAAGUGAAAUGUAUCUUCAUGGGUAGUCGUGCAACUGAUCCUGGUGGUUGUCAUAUGAAAUCGAAAUGUCAGUUCACGGAUGCUGAUUGGCCGAGCUACUUAAGGAUUUGUCCAGUGCUGGAAUGGAGCUAUAAUGAUGUAUGGCGAGCACUGCGCGGUCUCUGCAUCCCAUACUGCCCGCUGUAUGAUUUGGGCUAUACUUCACUGGGUGAACGAGAUACCACGUGUAAAAAUGAAGCACUGAAAAUUAUCGGUGAUGAUGGUUCAGUGAUUGGUUAUAAACCUGCUUAUAUGUUAGAAUAUGAAAAUGUUCACAAGUGGAUACCAGAUUUUGUGGCCAGGAAUGAGCAAUUUUGA